AUGCCGCGACAGCACGUCAGUCCCCCACCUUACUAUCAUAGUUCAUCAGAGGCAUCCCCUCUGAUACCUCGCGAGUCUUACCGUCGCUAUCAAUAUCUCUAUAUCUCUGCAAUACUCAUAGUUCUCCUUAUCGCAUUCACAAUUGUCAAUAUCUUCAUUAGCCUUCACAAGGACCCCUUAGAUCCGGAUGUUCGAGAACGCAUUCGCAAGGACUGGGACAUUGAACUUCGCCGACACGAGGAAGAAGUUUUCAAGCGCAUUGACACCCAAAAACGUUGGCGUCUGGAAGAUAAUGACAGGAUUCGCCUCCGCGAUCAAUGGGAGAAUGAAGUCAAAAACCACGAACGUGAAGUGGAGGAGAGACGGAAGCACGAAGAAGAAGAGCGAUUAAGAUUGAAUAUGUUUUGGACUGACUUGGCUUCGCACACGUGCACGACAUACGCCACUCGAGAGUACACUGCCCAACUGGUUAACGUUCCAUCAUAUUACAACCGCCGUGUGGAGGCAUGCAUGGCCACACCGGUAAAGAUUCAUGGGGUUGACUAUACGCCUAAGUGGUGCGAGGAUCAUGGUCCAAAUAAUGUAAUAGGUCAUUGGGAAGUCGACCAGCACGAGCCGGAUUGUGCGUCGUACUGGACCUGGUACAAAGAUUUUGGCUGUACGUCUCCUGGAUCCGGUCAGCGGCGUAUUGAACAUCUCCUCGCGAAUCUCCCGGUGGGAGGUGAUGGAAGGAGUUCUGUGCUACCACUCCUGCAAGUUUCCGUGGGAUGCAUUUCAUGGGGGCACAGAUUUGCUUCGAAGGGGUUCGCUACUCAGUCACAUCGAUUUGGCAUGAUUUGUUAA